CACAAUUGAAUCUACACGCUUCUACCGAUAUCUCGAACAUUGGACGCAAUCAGCCUCUUCUCUUCCUUCGUCACACACCACCACCACCACCACCACCACCACCAUCGUCUGAGACUCACCCAAGAAACGCCGCAUCUCUUCACGCCAUCCUCCGUCAAAGCCAAAAGAAAAGAUGCCCAUCUCCAAGAAAGACCGCAUCCAUCGCGAGCAGAAAAAGGCCGACGCAGCUGGAACCCGUGCCAAAGUCAACCCCAACGGAACUCCCGUGAAAGCAGCCAAGCCCAAAUCCAUCUGUGCAUUUUGUCGCAAGGAGCUCGACAACACCAACUUGAAAAUCCUCGAGCAACAUGCCGAUACCCAUAACGAUCAGUGGCCCAAGGAGAAGUGCUGGCCAAAUGAGUUCAAGUGAAGCGAUAUAGAUCUGCGGCUUUGAGAUUCAGAUGACCGAGUGGCUUUCGAGAGAAAAAGAAAAAGAAAUCGAGAAAUCGACAGGCGAAGAGGCAGGCGGCGGGUUGCAUUUUUCAGAGUUUCUCGGUUUUUUUCAGGCAGCUUUUGGCAUGGGAAUCAAAUUACAUGGCGGCAGCUGCGGAGGAUAGAGGAGUUUUUUUUCUCUCUUUUGAUACAAUCGAGACGGGAUCCGAGAAGAGGAAAAAAGAAGAAACUGAAUGCCAUCGGAGAGAGAGAGAGUGUGUGUGGUGGUAAGCGGUUUCCAGCUUACUAGGUAGGUAUAGAGCAAAAGACAGCAAAAAGAAAAUGAUACCCGAAAAAAAUUCAAAUGAGGUUGAAG